AUUCUAUUUAUAAACCAUGCUACUUUCAUUAUCAUGGACAAUUAUGGAUACAGUGGUGUGAGUGUUGAGGCGUAGCGCUAUAUUAUACAUUAACAAUGACCAACAGAAAGACAAUGAAAUGAAAAAUGUUGAAGACAAAGAGGAGACAAGCAUUUUCAUAUAUACUUUUCAUAUGCAACUUUACUGUGUUCCAUAAUGAAUGCAGGCCCUUGAUGGAUAGCUAGCUGUAUAGUGUACAAUUUUUUCUUAGUUGGUAGAAGUGGAAAUAUUCCUUUCACUAGAGACUUUGUAUAAACAUUAGUGAUCAAUCUUUUAAUGUUAAAUAGACAAGUUAAAUGUUACUUUGCCAGAAUGAAAUGAGUGUUAACUUUCCCUAAUAUAGAUGCCAUCCUCAACACAAGAAUUAUUUAAAGCAGCUCUGCAAGGUGAUCUCAAGUUUUUCAAAGAACUGCAGAGUUGUGAUGACGAUGGCAAUGACAACUGGUUGAGGGUGACAUAUCCUAAAUCUGGAGAUAAUCUUCUUCACUAUGCAGCACGACUGGGGCAUGUUCAUCUACUGAAGUUUCUCCAUGAGGCUGGUGCAGAUUUAGAGCUGCCCAACUUUGAUGGCAAGAGGCCACUUCAUGAGGCUGCACAGGCUGGCCAUCUUGACUGUGUCAAGUAUUUGCUGUCACAAGAUGUACCUGUCGACUCUUUGAAAAGGGCUGACUGGACCCCACUGAUGCUAGCCAGUACUAAACAGAAUCAAGAGGUGAUACACACCCUCAUCACUUACAGAGCUGAUCCAGGUCUUACAAACAAAGAUGGAUGGAACAGUUUUCAUCUUGCUUGUAGAGAAGGUAUUCUUUCCAUUGUUGAAUUUUUCCACAAGUACAGUGGAAAUUUGUGGGACACCAUCAGCAAAAAUGGAAGAACACCCCUUCAUACUACAGCUCUGCAUGGGUGUUAUGAUGUAACCUCAUUUCUACUGGAGAAUUGCGGAUAUUUUGUGGAUGCUAAAGACAGCUGUGGAAGUACUCCCUUCAUGGAUGCUAUGCGAUCUGGUCAUGUGAAUGUCGGACAAUUGCUUUUUGAGAAAAAACAGGCCAGUUUACAUGAGAUGGAUAAUGUAGGAUACCAUGCUCUCCACCAGGCCGCACAAGCUGGCCAUAAGGAAUCGGUCAAAUACCUGGUAGAAACCAGGGCUGUGGAAGUGGACACUCCAACCACAGCUGGCUCCACAGCUUUGGCAGUUGCAUCUAAGGAAGGACAGCUUGCAGUUGUGGAGUUUUUAUUGGGUGCUGGAGCUAAUGUUGAUAGUGUAGACAAGAAAGGAAGAACAGCUCUACACAUAGCUAGUGGUGCCCAGCAUGCUGCAUGUGUGGAAAUUCUACUAGAGCAUGGCGCAAGCCUGACACCAGAUGGGGCAGGUUACACUCCAGACAAGCUUGCAAAGAAGGAGAGUGUCAUUCAACUAUUUAAAAAACAUGUCUCUGAUUAAAAAAAAAAACAUAAUAUUAGUAUUGCCUCAGCAACCUAUUUUGAUGGUUCUUUCAGUGCUAUCCAUUAAUAAGUGAUGGACAUCGGGGCGGAGGGACCGGUAUUUCAUUAUAUAGGUGGUAGAUCUAUAGCUGUAGUCUGAAAUACUGAAAUAUUAGUGUUGUGGAAAGAAAUUGCUGGAUAUAAUAAUUUCUUGAAAUUCUAUGAAAUCAAUAAGUUUCACAAUACAUCAUGUAUUUCAUUCGUGUAAAUUGAUAAAUGUGAAAGUACCAAGUGGAGGUUGCCCUCAGUUCAUGUACAAUUAAUGAACGGUGAAGAAUGACAGAUUUCAUUUGAAAUAAAAUUCAAAUUAUGGUGCAUGUUGAA